AUGGGUGAGAUCUUGUCCCAAGUUGGAUGCCAGGAUGACGAGAGCAAGCCAAUCCUGUCCCAGGAUGCAGCCAUUAACAACAGAGUCACCAGCUAUUCCAGCACUGCUACCAUCAAGUCCUUUAGUUCCUAUGUGACUUGUGACAGGGCCUGUGGUGGUGGCUUUGUGCCUUGUCCCACCUGCCAGGGCAGCGGGGAGAUCCCCCAAGAGUUGGAGAAGCAGUUGGUGGCCCUCAUCCCCUAUGGAGACCAGAGACUGAAACCAAGACACACGAAGCUCUUCGUGUUCCUAGCAGUGCUUAUCUGCCUGGUGACCUCUGCCCUAGCCGUCUUCUUCCUGUUUCCCCGGUCUGUUUCAGUGCUUCCUGUGGGUCUCAACUCCUCCACUGUAGCCUUUGACAAGGCUGAUGUCCAUCUCAACAUAACGAAUGUCUUGAACAUUUCCAAUCCCAACUACUACCCCAUCACCGUGACACAGCUGACCAUCGAAGUUCUGCACCUCUCCUUCAUUGUGGGGCAGGUGUCCGAAAGCCUCUUCCUGCCCAUUGGCCCUUUGGCCAGUGAACAGAUAUUUUACGCAGUGGCCAACAGGAUAGGGGAUGAAAAUACAUACAAAAUCUGUACCUGGCUAAAAAUCAAAGUCCAUCAUGUGCUUUUACAUAUCCAGGGCACGCUGACCUGUUCCUACCUGAGCCAUUCAGAGCAGCUCGUUUUCCAGAGCUAUGAGUAUGUGGACUGCCGCGGAAACUUGUCGCUUCCCUACCUGCUGACCCCUCACCCACCGUGA